AGAAAACUUUGUUUCGUCUCAAUUGAGCAGUUGAGUUGAGAAGUUGAGACGUAGAAACGCGGUGGUUUUCAAAUUGUGAUUUUUUGAGUGAUUUUAUCGCAAAAAUGGGAAAUAUUAAUCAGAUUUGGGCCACCAUGGUCUUAUGUUUCCUAUGCUUCAACAUGGGUGUCAUGUACACCUGGCCUUCCUCUACGCUCACGAUCUUCAGCUCAGCCAACACCACCCUUCAUCGCACCAUGACAGAAGGAGAAAUAGCGUUGCUGGGAAGCCUGUCCUCUGUAGGAGCUAUGGUCAGCACACCGAUAGCUGGCGUUCUACUGGACAGGAUUGGCAGGAAACGCUGCAGUAUUGGAGCCAAUUUGCUUGCUGUGGUCGGCUGGGCCAUGAUAGCCUUCAGCAAAAGAGUGGAAGUGGUCCUAACAUCCAUCUUUGUAUCUGGUUUCUCUGGUGCAGCGUUCAUCAUCAACACCGUCUACAUUGCGGAGAUUUGCCACGAAUCCAUGAGGGGCACCAUGUCUUCAGGCAUCAUGGUGUUUUAUGGGAUCGGCAUGCUGGUGCAGUAUGUCCUGGGAGGGUACUUGAAUUACUGGACAGCUGUGUACACGAAUAUGACCAUGAGUAUUCUGGGAGUGACCUUCAAUUGUCUUCUGAAGGAGUCGCCUUUAUACCUGCUGAGUCGUGGUUUUGAAAAGGAAGCUGCGGCCGCACUAGGAUUCUUUAGACAAUCGAAACCAGAUUCAAAAUUGGUGCAAGAUGAAAUGGAGAAGAUUCGACGUGUCCUCAACCCAGUGAUCGAUGAGGAUGAAAAUUGUGAAGAAACAAAACUGCAGGCGGAUCAAGAAAAAAAAGUGGAGAAGUUAUCUACUAUCCAAUUUCUAAGAAAAUCCCGGUCGACCCACCGAGCGAUAAUCGUCACUCUGACGCUGAUGACAGCGUGCAUUUUCCAAGGGCUGCCCGUGGUGCAGGUGUAUGCUGACCCGCUGUUCACUGAAGCUGUGCCAGUAAUGUCCUCCACCAUCUCCAGCAUUAUACUGGCAGUGAUCACUGUCAUAGCUGGACUGGUGGCCGCUGUACUGACUGACGCUGCUGGAAGGAAGCCCCUAAUGAUAUACGGGUCCCUCGGCUCUGGGAUCUGUGCCUUACUCCUCGGAACCCAGAUCCACUUAAGCUGGGGUCCCAACUGGCUGACGGCCGUCAUCAUAUACAUGUUCUGUGUGGUAUACACCUUCGGAGCUGGGACUGUGCCUUUUGUGCUGGCUGCUGAAGUCUUUGUGCCAGAGGUCAAAAGCUUCAUAGCGAUGCUGGUGGUGGAAUGGGCAUGGCUGUGCAACUUCCUGAUCCUCCUCAUCUUCAAUCCACUGGUCUCAGCCAUCGGUCUAGGACCUGUGUUCUACAUCUUCAGCGCUGUUUGCUUUUUGACAGCUGUCUACAGUGUAUUCUAUCUACCAGAGACAAAAGGAUUGACAGUUGAUGCUAUACAGCUUCUGUUCGCGCCUAAGAAGAAGAAGCAGUACGUCUGAAUUUGAACCUUAUUUAUAAGCAGAUAUGUCAUAAUUUUAAAUAGAGAGAAAAGACGGAAAGCGACUCAAUCUAUACUGAUUUAAUAUUAUAAAGCUGAAUACUUUGUUUGUUUGCUUAAUCUCAGGAACUACCGGUCCAAUUUGAAAGAAAAAAAACAUACAUUUAUUACAAUGGACAUCACACAAAUACAGGCAAUUACAUAGACAUGACAGUGGCACAUAAUAAUGGAAGAAUAAAAAAAAUAAAAACAAGAGUAAACUGAGCAGUGCCACCCAUUCACCAACAAGAUGCCCACUGCAACGGGCCCCACUCAGCAUAUGCCGUGGCCCACGGUGACGAAGGCCACGGCGCUGGUUUUCAGUGUGCCCCAUGCCGAGUGAGGGUCACGGACCAUUGGUAAAAUAAAUAAAAUAGUAAGCUGCAUAAAAUUGUCUAAUUUGAAAAUGUUUGUGUCGUAUAGCCCCUCUAUCGAGGCUUUAGGCUAUAACAUCAGCCUACAGCCAAUAGGAGCGAAAGCAGUAAAGAAAAAUGUUGCAAAAAUGGGAAAUAUUAUUCAAACUAUCGUCGUAAAAAAUUGCGGGCACAGCUAGUCGAAUAUACAUACAACCCAUUCGAGUUAACUGCGCACCAGGCGGACGUGACGUCACAUCGCCGCUCUGGUACAGUCAGGGCGAAAGCGGGGAGGUGUGCGGGUGAGUGCGAGGGAGUCGCAUUCAAGCGAGGUGCGCAGUUAACUCGAUAAGUCAAAUUGUAUUGCUUUUGUCGAAGGCAGAAAGACUACUGAGAUUGCAUAGUGCUUGUGCAUGCCUGGCGAACGAAAGACGCUAUAUUUUUAUCUCUAGUGUUUAUUUAGGUUUUAAUUAAUAAAAAUCUUUAAGUAUUAAGUGCAUGGUUUACUUUAUUUUAUAUCUUUAAUUACUUGAAAGUGACACGUCUGUCUUUAUGUAAGUUUUGUGACUUGAGAACUAUAGAGAUUAUCUACAUAUACGAAGUAAUAUCAUCUUAUAUAACGAUAAGAAAAAUAAAUAAAAAUGUUGCAACGUCAAGUCGUCAACAUUAUAGGCAGUUUCUAGAAUUCUUAUCUACUAUGAUUGUCAAUGUAAAUAUAGUGAAAAAAUAGAAGAAUUUGUUAAAUAUAGUUGAUUUACAAAGAUAAUAACUUUAGUAAGUAUCUAUCUAAAUAGUAAUAAUUAUCUAUAGCUAUGUAACAUCGA